UGGACGAGAUUUGAUUUGGAUCGAGCAUCUUUGGUUGUUUUUAAAGUGUAUUUUCAUUUUUAAUUAUUUAUUGAAACAAAAUGGCAUCAAAACAAGAAGAUUUUCAGGAAGAUAUGUUUGCCGAGGAACGCAAAAAGGAGAAAAAUCCCACAAACACAGGUCGAUUUAAAGAAAAACACUCCAUUGAUAGUGACGAAGAAUACGACGAAAAUCAAGACGUUGAGUUGCUGGAUGAAGAUGAAAUUGAAGGCCAAGAAGAAACAACUGUUGAUUUUGAUGAUGGAGUUCCCAUCACACCAUUCAACAUGCGUGAAGAAAUGGAGGAUGGUCAUUUUGAUAAAGAUGGAAUGUACAUCUUCGAUAAAACAAAGGGAAAUAUCAAAGAUGCAUGGAUUGACAACAUUGACUGGGUGAAAGUUAAGCGAAGUGAAAACUAUGGCGAGAAGAGACAAAUGGAUGAAAUGGCUGAUGAUGAUGAUGAAUUGCCUCCCCUUGACCAGAAGUCUAUGUACAAGGAAAUCCUAGCCUUCAUGGUAUCGGGGGAGACAAUUGCUAAAACACUGAGACGUCUUGGAGGCAACAAGGGGAAGAUAAUGUCAGCCAGCCAGAGGUGGAAGGCGAAGAAACAGAAAGUGAACAAUGACAAAGCUGUCGAUGAAAAAGACGCGGAGAACAAGGAAAAGAUGUUAAAGCUGACAGGACUGGCUGACAGGUGUGUGCAGGAUGGAAUCAUGGACAUAUACGAGAUGACAUACGAAAAACUAAAUUACGAACUCAAACGGAUGGACGAGGAAAAGAAAAGAGUGAAGUUUGACGUGCCUUCAAAUGUUGAUGACGAUGAUGCCUUAGAUAUGUUUGCGGACGAUUUCGAUAAAAAACAAAAAACAGCUGGAAAAUCUGAAGAUGGUGCAAGUACUGCAAAUGGGAAAACUGAUAAAGGUGAGAAAGAUUCUGCUUCAACAUCCAACGAAAUGAUGUGGGUGUACAGGUGGGAGGAUAAGGAAACAGCAGAGUUACACGGCCCCUUCACAUCGUCACAGAUGUUAACGUGGGAGGAAGAAGGUUUCUUCAAGGACAUCGCCUUUUGUAGAAAAGUGGGAACUGAUGGGCAGUUCUAUAAAUCCAACAGGAUUGAUUUUGAUCUGUACACUUGAACACAACUUUGAACUGUACAUGUGAACAUAUCUUUGAGCUGUACCCUUCAACAGUUUUAAGACAAGAAUCUUAGCUGAGCAUAGAAAGCAGCAUAAUUCAGUGGUUCAAACUUCUGAUGAGAGAUUACUGUCCAUUAGUCAUUGAUUAUUACAAGAAUUCUUUGACUGAAAAGGAAGCACACACAAAAAACCAGAAGAAGAGCUUUUGUGUGUGUGGAUAUCACAGUGUCCGUUAUGUCAUCAGAUGCUAUAACGGGGCUCACCCUGUCCAUGGGAUAAUUUGUUAAUUGCCAACUGUUAAUUUGCCAACUGUUAAUUUGUAUACAAAGUGUCUACAAUAUUUAGUCUUUGGCUAAUAAAAUAUUACUUAAAUUAACCAAAUUUUUAUAAUUUUUCGAGAAAAUACUCUUAAAAAUGGCUAAAGCAAAUUUUCUUCCAUUGUGAGCCCUGCUGUAAUAUAUUUUGCUGGAUUUACAUUUCUUAUAUAAAUGUAUAAAUGUGAAAAAUAAAUGUUUUACAGAAUGAUGGAAUACAGG